CGAACGCAGUUCGUCGCUGUGCCGCGCCGCCUCAUUCUCGAGUCGCCCGGCGAGAGGGGAGGACCAGCUACAGGACGCCCGGCUAACGCCCGGCUAACGCCCGGACCGCGCGCGCCUCCGGCCGCUGCAAUCUCAGUUCGGUGUUGUUGUGUUCCACGUGGUGUUCCCGUGUCACUCCCGCGCAGGUGCACUGCACGGGACAGCGGCGGCGUGUGCGUCAGUUCUCCAGUGUCGUGUCGCGAGUGUUCAGUGUCCCCUUCCCUGGAAUUCCUCCAGGGUGCAAAGCAAACGGCGAGAGACCAGCAGAGCGGCAGCAGACACUCCAAGAGGAGUUGAGGUUCACGUUGACGACGAUGAGAAGCGACGAGGAGCGCAGCAACAGCAGCAGCGGGGCGGUGGCAUUAUAAAUAGUGCGAGCAGCGCGGAGCAGCGCGUGGGGCAGGGCAGGCAGGCGCCUCUCAGGCCCGCCAUGAAGGGAAAGCCCGCGCCGGCCGCCGGCCCCGCCGCCACCACGGAGCAGCUCUUGGAGCAGCCCCCGCUGUGCCUCACCAGGCACAUCAAGAAGGAGCCGUCCGACGAGGAGAUCAAGGAUUAUGCAGAGACGGCGAUGAACGAGCUGCUGUCGUGGUACGGCUACGACAAGCUGGACCGUCGGGAGGCGCAGAACCUCUCGCUACGGGGCGGCCCGGGCGCGACGCUGGGCGCGCUGGGCCCGCUGCACCGGCUGCCACCCCACCUGGCCUCGGCGCUCGCCUCGGCGGCGAAGGCCGCUGCGGCCGCAGCUGUCGACCCUGGCGGUGCCACGGCCAUGGCCGCGGGGGCCGCGGCCUCCACCGCCGGGGACGCCGACUGCUCGUCGGACCUGGAGGCAACGUCCUCGGCCAGCGGCGCCGCUCACAGGCGCGGGUCGACGGGGUCCUCGCAAGGGAGCCCCACCAGGACAGAGACCGCGGCCGGGGCCGGCGAGGGCAGCAUGAUCUGCUCGUGGCGUAUGGGUAAAAGACGAUUAUUUAAAGUUCCAGUGGUGCUCGGUAUCACGUUAAGGGCGAUUUAG